AUGCGUCGUCUAUUCAUUGUGCUCGCUAUGCUGUCCUGGGAGGUUCUCUGCAAGCGCGUGUUGCGCUCUGUGCGGUCCUCUGGUCUCUAUCUCACUACUGAUGGCAUUGGUCUCCGUCUGGGGCCACUGGCUAAUGGCGAGUCUGUACGCGUUUACAAUCGCAAGAUAUACUUUGAGCAUAAUGGCUCUUUCUACACAAUUGGUGUUGAGGCGGAUGGCGGUAAGGCCUUUGUUCGCAAAGAAAGGCUCCCUUCACACGAACGCCGCGCGCCUAACUACACUGAACAUUACAUAAAGGAGUACGAUAAUCCGGGCAAUACGGACAAUAACUGGCCGCCCGGUUUGAACUUCGGGCCUCCGCCAAUUGAACGUGUCUAUAACAAAACCAGCAUUUACGAUAAACCGCGUGCACAUACACAUAUUCGGCCGUCUAAAGAAAUCCAUGAUUUGGAAAGCGAUGAUUUCGUGGGCUCUGAUCCCUUUGAUGUAGUCUUUGUAGAAGAAGGCCGGGGAAUGCUUCAUUUUGAGCGAGCUGGUAAUGGCAACUGCUUGAAAGAAGUGGACAGUAAGUUCUAUUUCGAGAACUGUAGUAAGAAUGAGAAGGCUAUUGCUCGCUUCUUUAUGGAAACAGUUGAUGGUUCUCCGUCUAUUUCUUCUGACCCACCAAGGAACGACCGCGAUGACUACUAUUCUAAGCCUCCUCUUGGCAAUGGACCAAUCCCCGCUCGACCCGAUGGCUUACAACAGGAUCCCUACUACCAGGACCAGUACCCUUUCCCGGGCUCUCCGCCUAUGGAUCCCUAUAAUAGAGGCUUCAUCCCCCCACCACGACCGCGAUCAAGACGGGGCCAAGGGCCAGAACGACCACCAAUCCAAUUUGGAGAUAUGAACAUGCCUAGUUUCAAUCCCUAUCCCGGUCGACCUCCUUACCCGCCUCCCGAUCAAUUUAAGCCCAACUAUCCCAUGGACAUGCCCGGGCACCCGCCUGAUCCCAGACAUAUGCCUCCUCGACGUGACCAUAGACCGGGUGCUCAGCCGCCGGACUUACUUGACUUCGAUGACAUGGCCCCCCGACAUCCACCACAGCGACGACCGCGAAGAAGACCCAUGCGCCAUUCUCCUCCCCCUCGAGACUAUUAUCCACCCACAUCACCACCAUCCUACUCUGAUAAACCGCAUACCAAUAAGCCUCAUUCUUUUGGUCUCGAUGAUUUGAACGAAUUCUCCGAUCAAGAUCUAAAAAUUGACCAAGACUUACCCUAUCACAAUCGUAUUCAGAAGAAACUAGGCCAGCUCGGUAAGAUGAUUUCUUCCUCUUCCUCACUUCUGAACAUUCCUACAGCCCCUAUCAUCGAGCACACAACUCGGACUACCAAGAAACAGUCCCUUGACCAUGAAGAACAGGAAAUUCUAGAUAAGCUAAUGCAAACCACCGGAGAUAAAGAAGUCAUUACCAAAACCAAAAUCCGGCGCCGCCAGAAAAGACCUCUUGAUGACGACGACUCCGACUCCCGCCAGGAUGAAGAAAUCCACUACCGCCGCAACUCACGGUCCAAAACCAAACCCAAAGACUCCAUACCGUCCCUAUUAACCAAACGGGCCAAACUAAGACCAAAAUCCAAACACAGCCCAGAUAGGGAGAUAGAUAGUGACAAAGAGACAGACUGGUCAUCAAGCAGUGACGAAGCCCGACACAAUCGCAAGAAUAAGAAUAAGACCAAGAAGCAAUACUCACCAAGCUCAUUUAGAGAGUCUCACUCCGACGACUCCUCUUCAGAUAUCAAGGCACCUCCAAAACCCAAAAUCAAAGAUAUACUUUACGGCCAUUCAAGACAUUCUCGAGAUCCAGCCGAUCUUCACCCAGUCCUAGACCGGAUUCAUACCAAACAUAUCAAAAACCGUUCUGAAAGAGACCUUCUCUACCCACCCCGCCACUCAAUUGGUUCUUCUUCCUCUUUCCGGCCUUCAACUCCACCCCCAACUACCUCUCUACACCAAUCUCCACCGCCUUUUCUGCUACCCCCACCUCCACCCUCACCGACACUAUCCCUACCUACACCACCGGUAGUAGCACCGGCAAUACCAUCAUCAGCCCAGACAGUCUACCACGCCCUUACUUCACCAGUGAUUAAUACUAGCCGGCAACUUCAACCAUCCCCAGCACAUACUCCUCCAAGCACCUUCUCUCCUACGGACCAACUUCUGUCAGCAACUAUCUCAAAUUCAGUGCCACCCCCCACCACAAUUAUCUCUUCUUCUCCACCAAGCCAACCCGUGCUUCUUUCAACCACCACACCUUCACCUCCUAGUAAUGCGGUCUCUAACAUCCUAGAUAAUGUCAUGAACACCAUUGGAUCCCAGAACAGUUUCUCUUCUUUCCUCACCCAAUCGGCUAACUUAACUACUCCCUCCAAGAACAAUCUAACCUCUUCAUCACCUAGUAAGUCUCUGGCUACACCAGCAGCUAAGUCUAUCUCUUCCCCCACGAGCCUUUCUUCCUCUCUUGCCUCGCCCACAGUUGGUAAGCCCUACUUCUCCGGGCUCCCUCUCCCUAACGCCCUCCCAACCCCUCAGCCAACUUCACUUGUAUCUACACCCAGUUUACCCAAUAGUAGCACCGGACUAAACUCCCUAAAUUCUCUUAAUGGACUAACCGGACUUAAUGGACUAAGCAAUUUGUCUUUAAAUACCUUAAGCAACACCAGCAAUUUAACUGCACCCAACCCAAGCCUCACAAGUAUUUUAAACGGCAACAAUCCCACCACCCCAACUAACUCACCAUCAACCCUUCCCACCACUACAACCACCACUGCUAUUUCAUCCCUCCCCACCCAGACCUCUCUAACUACAUCCACUCUACCUCAACCACCCCAACCAUCUCCAACGACCACCACCGUUAGCACUUCUUCUACCCCUAACACCAGCACUUCUUUUAAUACUACCUCUAGUUCUACGUCUAACCCACUAACCAAUCUCACUAACAAUCUAACCGGUGGCUUUAACUUCUUCAGUGGCCUAAACACACCCUACAUGAACUCCAAUCUCACCCAAAACCAAGACUCCAUCUCAGCUCAUUCCACCAACAAUUCCAACAAUUCCAACAAUUCCACUCAAUUCAAUACUAACUCCAAUAAUGAUAGCAAAUCACUUCCAUCCACCCAAUCCACUCAAUCCACCCAAUCUCCAGAUAAUUCCUCCUCUGGCUUUGAUCUAGCCUCUAUGCUUAACCAAUUUGUCAACUACAACUCAUCUACACCCGAAGAGAAACCAACCUCCACCUCCAAAUCCACACCCAAGCCCAAACCAUCCCCUUCCAACUUAACCCAAUCCAACUUAACCCAAUCCAAUCUAACUCAAUCCGACCCAUUCAGCGACCUCUUCAAAUUCCCAUCUACAACCACCAAUUCAACUCCAUCCAAUACUAACCCGACCCAAAAGCAGCUACCACAACCCCAUCUAAACCAACAACCUUCCCAAACAACCACCAAUUCCAACUCCAAAUCUAAAUCUACUACCAAACCCACACCCCAAACCCCCACUGAAUUACUCCAAAGCACUCUAACUAGCUAUCUAUCACCCGAAUCAGCUGAAAAAUACCCCGCCGGCUACAAUACUCUCCUGAAAUAUUUAUUAUAA